AUGCCGGUCCGACCCAACGCAAGAGUCCUCCGGGACAUGGCCACCCGCCAGGCGGUCGAGUCCAACGAGCUCAUCCGCAGGGCGUUCAAGUACGUCGCUAGGAACACGACGCUCCCGCAGAGGGUCCGCCACCAGGCCCAGCUUCAGCUCAACCAGUUCCCGCAAAAGACCCGCCCCACGUCGGUGUCCAACCGCUGCACCGAGACCGGUCGGGGUCGUGGUAUCAUUGGCGACUUUGGCCUCUGCAGGUACCAGUUCCGUCUCAAGGCGCUCGCCGGAGAGCUUCCCGGUGUUGAGAAGGCCACAUGGUAG